UCCUGCAUAUUGACAACGUCGCUCCCCAUGCCUUUUACUAUUAAGCGUAGUCUGCUUCUCAGUGGACCAAAUUCAGGCUGCUGACGUAAGAAACGCUGCCCCGGCUUUACAUUUUAUUUGGAUAAUUUCCUUAUACUUUUUCUUUUGCCCGAACACGUUAGGCUGCAAUCUUUAAAAUGCCAUUAUUUUGUCGGUACUACGGUCAAAAAUAUCCAGAAGUGGAUGAUGUAGUGAUGGUUAACGUUAGAUCCAUUGCUGAAAUGGGAGCUUAUGUCCAUCUACUAGAAUACAACAAUAUUGAGGGCAUGAUUCUCCUAUCUGAGUUGUCCAGAAGACGUAUUCGCUCCAUCAACAAGCUUAUCAGGGUUGGAAAAACAGAACCAGUUGUAGUUAUCAGAGUAGACAAGGAAAAAGGUUAUAUUGAUCUGUCAAAACCACGAGUUAGCCCUGAAGAUGUAGACAAAUGCUUGGAAAAGUAUUCCAAGGCCAAGGCAGUAAAUUCUAUACUGCGACAUGUUGCUGAAUUAUUGAAAUACCAGACCGAUGAAGAACUUGAGGAACUCUACAGAAAAACAGCAUGGCUUUUUGAAGAGAAAUCCAAAAAGCAAUCAUCUUCAUAUGAUGUUUUCAAGCAAGCAGUCAAUGAUCCUUCGCUUCUUGAUGAAUGCGGUCUCGACGACAACACAAAGGAAGUGCUACUGGGAAUUAUUAGACGGAAAUUGACUCAACAAGCAGUGAAAAUUCGUGCCGACAUCGAAGUGGCUUGUUACGGAUAUGAGGGAAUUGGUGCCGUCAAGAAGGCUUUGAAAGCCGGGAUUGCCUGCUCCACCGAAGAAAUUCCUAUUAAAAUCAAUUUGAUUGCGCCACCACUUUACGUCAUGACUACACAGACACCGGAACGCCAAGACGGACUCAAAGGCCUAGAAGCAGCCAUCGAAAAAGUGAAAGAGCUAAUUGUUGGUCUUGGAGGCGUUUUCAAUAUACAAAUGGCUCCCAAAGUUGUUACUGCGAUGGAUGAGGCUGAAUUGGCGCGUCAAAUGGAGAAAGCUGAGUUGGAAAAUGCUGAAAUUGCAGGCGAUGACGAUCAAUCUGACAUGGAAGCGGAGGGAGCAGGAGGAAACGAUGCUGGAAGUGGGGAAGAAGAUGGCGAAGCAGAAGAGGAGGAAUAAAAUAUAUACCGCAAACUUAUUUUUACAGACAACGGAAGUUUGCACUUAUGUUGCUCCUCCAAUCCAAUUACACGUCUUGAAACAAGA